GGUUUAGAGCUGUGGUAUUUAUUUUGUAAACAAUUCAUCUUCUGGCGGGAACACGAGGAAAGUUACAUGUUUUUGAUUCUAAAGUCUUCACUUUAAUUUUAACUCAAGCUCAUCCCUGUUUGCAAAAAAACAAUAGAUGUUUAAUGAACUCUAACAUGUUAAUAUUGAGUAAUGGACUCAUGGAGCAUAUUCAUGACAUUUGACAAUGGCGGAUUAUCAGAACUGUUAGAACAUUUUGAGAAUGCAAAGAACAACAAUGAACUUUUUCAAGACGAAAAUAGAUUACACUAUGCUUCCGUUUUAUUGCCUGCUAGUUGGAUGGAGGCAACGUUUUGUGACAAAAUAGAUUUUUUGCAACUUUUAAAUGGUUUUUAUGGAUGGACUAAGAAAAAGGAUAUUAUUGACAAUAAUUUUAUUAGUUCACUUCAAGAUGUAAAAACCUAUUCAUUUGAAAGUAAACCAUUGUCGGAUGAAGAAGUAGACGUUUUGACUGAUGCCAUCCAUCAGCUUGCAGAUGAGACUCCUUCUCCAGGAAGUUUUAUAUUCCAAGUGUAUAUUUUUAUUGGGAAUGAAUUCAUGGAGAGCCCACAUUUUAACUUGAUGGGAGCAUUAAAAAGACUUGAAGUUUGGCAUCAAUGUUCUUUAAGUUUUGUUUCAAAAUUACCAGAAGCUGAUGUAACAAAAUUGUGUACUGGUUGGUACCAAUUCAUUAAUUUCAAUGCGUUAAAUUCAUCGGAGUUGCUAGCACACUGUAAUUCCCAACCUCUUUGGUAUGGUGCAUUAAAUGCAAUAUUAGAGAAGCGAUCAGGCGAGAUACAUAUUAACAACUAUUAUCUAUAUCUCCCGCAUGGUACUAAUCUCAGUGAAGUUUCUGAUGAACUACCUUUUCUGGAAGCGAUACGAAAAAGUACUGAAAAUUCUCGGUUUAUGUUUGAUAAUCAAAUACAAAUAGUUUCUAUGGUUACAUCUGAAGAUUUACCGCUUCAUCUGAUCUCACCUGCUUGUUUUCAAUUAAAGUAUUUGAAUUCGAAGAAUGAAGACAUCUUCAAAUUAGCUGCAAAAAGAAAGGACUUGUGGUUUUUAGGAUUCCUAAAGUACGGAAUUAUUUCAAGGAGACAAGAAAAUUUAUUCAGUGCUGAUUGGAACAGUUUUCUGAGUGAAAAAUUUACCCAAUACAUAUCUGCUCCAGCUUCGAGAAUAUAUCUAAAAAAGCACUGUUCUGUCUUGAUGCGAUGUAAUGGUAAAGAUGGCGGUCUAGAUGUUUACUUCUUCAGAAGUAAUGAAGUUAUUAAUGCUACUGGCUUGCUUGAGUUACUUGAAACAUUUGACAAAAAUCAAAUAUUUGACGAGGAAUUGAUAAGAAAUGCUGCAGAGCACAUCUCCCCAUCUCUUUGGUGUGAGAAAACAUCUUGGUUGUUAGAAGAAAAUUGCUUAAAUGUUGGGAAAUCAAUAUCAAGAUGUAAGUCGGACGAUUUCUAUAUGAAUGGUGUAAUGAAGCCCGCACCGGAGACUAACAAAGAAGGUUUACAAAAAGAUUCAUUUGUUGAUAUGUUGAGUUUAUUUGACAGCACUGGGAAACCAACUGGUACCAAUUUUCAACCAAUACCUAUGAUUCCUGAUCGACUUUUAAGAAAUAUGAAGAAAGAAGGAGACGUGAAAAAUUUGAAUUAUUUUGAAGCAGAAAAGAUGAUUGGUCAUGGAAUUGAAUAUUGCGUCGAUUCUCUGUGCGCGGUACGACUCGACAAUAGACUUCUAAAAAUACAAAAACGAUUUGUACCCGAAGAUACAAUCAAUUUAAAUUCAUAUAAUCCAAAGCCGUUGGACGAGCCAGCGACCAUAAAAAAGAAAUCGUGUAAUCCAAAGCCUGAUGAUGAACCGGUAGCCAUAAAAAGGAAAACAUGUAACCUAAAGUCAACAGAUGAAUCGGUGACCGGUAAAAAAAGAAAACAAGCGGUUUCGUCAUCGAAAAAAGUAAAACUUACAACCCAAGAAAAAUCUGCGAAGGGUGUGGAUUCUACUACUGAUGGAGAAAGCCGCUCACAAAGACAUAUGCGUCGCCUACGAACGUUGAUUGCCGGCACAGUUCAGAAAUAUGGUUCUAUAUCCAUGGAUCAUCCUUGUUUUCAAACAUGUUGCGAUCAACUCUUCAGUGUUUGUGUUCCACUUCUUAAGUCUCUCACCUCAUCAAAAGGGCUAAACGAACAGAUGAAGCAAAUUGCGAAAGAUAACGUGGCAGAGGUUGUGAAAAGCGUGAUUUCCGAGAGUGACGAGACAUAGAGGAUACAAUUUUGGCAAUUUUUUUGUGAAUUUUGUGUAUAUUUGUUUUAUAUGCUGAUGUAAUUACUUAUUUACAAAUGUGAUUAUUUUAUGUUAGUAAAAAAAAUAAGGUGUACUUAUAUCCCAUAUAGUUCAUAAAAAAACUUUGACAUGGUA